AUGUUGGACAAGCCAAUUUGUUACCCAGAUGUUGGUCCGGAAAAGGUUCUGGGCAUGUGGUGGCAACCUGGAGAAGAUUGUCUAACGUUUAUGGUGAAGCCAGAUACGAUCGCAAAGGCUCUGGAUGGUCGGCCAACUAAACGCCGCGUCCUGAGCAUGAUUAUGACCAUAUUCGACCCCUUGGAAUUGUUGGAUUUUUCAACAUACGCGCAAAAAUCAUUCUGCAAAAAUAUAUGGAGGAGUGGAGUCGGAUGGGAUGAGCCGCUCAAAGAAGAAGACGAGGCAGACUGGCGUCGUUGGUUGGAUUUGGUGCCAACGUUAAACAAUCUGCGUAUAGCCCGAUGUUUGAAAGGAUGGCCGCAGAUGAACAUUGAUGUGAGCCAACAUAGCAAUACUAUUCUGCAACACGUCGAAGAGCAAUUGGAAGCCAUGUCACCUUUGAGCUGUAUCUCACCAGACCCAGAAAGAUUCAGCAAGCUGGAGAGGUUGAGAGCCGCACAGUUACGAGUAUUGGAUUUCUUGCGAUCUAUUUUCAAGAAGAGCAUGGGAUCGGAAUUAAAGAAGUUACUAUUACUUGAGCGGCCAAUCGAGAUGGAUAUCAUUCUAAUACGAGUGUGCCAGGAAACCGAGUAUUUCAGCGAGAUGAAAUGCUUGAAAAUGGGAAGCAGUAUUAUAGAUCGGAAGAGCAAGCUAUUCAAAUGCUCUCCGUACUUGGACGAAGUAAGCAUACUGCGCGUCAAGGGAAGAAUCGACCUAAUAGAAGGAGUCGAAGUAAACCUAAAGCGACCCAUAAUCCUACCAAGAAGACAUCGAUUUACAUUUCUGCUGGUUGAAUCGUAUCAUCGCCGGUACCAUCAUCUGUACGACGAGAUCGUGGUCAAUGAACUACGGCAAAAGUUCCUGAUAUUUGGUCUGAGAGCCUUGGUGAGAGAGGUUUCUCAAACUUGUCCAGCAUGCCGGAUGAGGCGCGCGCGUCCUAGGCCUCCAGAAAUGGGAAGUCUACCGCGCGAGCGUUUGGCGCACCACAUGGCGCCGUUCACCUAUACAGGAGUGGAUUACUUUGGGCCCAUCGACAUCAUCGUUGGACGACGGCACGAGAAGCGCUGGGGUGUUCUGUUCACAUGCCUCACAAUUCGUGCCGUACACCUGGAUAUCGCAACAUCACUGUCAACCGACUCUUUUCUUUGUAUUCUAAAGGCAUUUAUAGCGAGACGUGGUUGCCCGCGACGAAUGAUGUCCGAUAAUGGAACUAACUUCCGAGGUGCGAGUAGAUUGUUAAAAGAUGAAGUGGAGCGUAUAUCGAUCAGGGAUGUGGAGACCAAAUACCCAGAAAUGGAGUUCAUGUUCAUUCCGCCAGGCUCACCGCACAUGGGCGGUGCAUGGGAAAGAUUGGUACGCUCAACAAAGUCCAUUCUAACGGAGAUCUUGCCGCCUGGUGGAUUGCGAGAAGAAGUGCUUCGUGCUGCGUUGGCUGAUGUGGAGGGUAUUCUCAACUCACGCCCACUCACAUAUGUACCACUGGAAUCGGCAGACUCAGAAGCGCUUACACCGAACCAUUUCCUCUUGGGCCACUCUAGUGGAAUUCGUGAACGAGACAGCAAAAUCCAUAACGGUGACAAGCUUGCCAAAGGAUUCAGAAUUUCGAGCCAGUUAGCCGAUCAGUUCUGGAAAAGAUGGAUUCGAGAAUAUCUGCCAACGCUUACGCGCCGUACCAAAUGGUUCCAACCGCCGCCAGAUUCGAUCGCCGUGAAUGACAUUGUUGUUAUCGCAGAUGAGAAUGGCAAACGAAACAGCUGGCCCAAAGGAGUUGUGGUAGAUGUUCACCGAUCGAGAGACGGUCAGGUACGGAGUGCCGUAGUGCGCACUACAGAAGGUAUUGUGACUCGCCCGCCGUAA